AUGUCCUCCGAAGAAACUCCCAAAAUUAGCGAUUUGUCAAUUGAGGACAACCGACCCCCAGCGCCAGACUCAGUUCCAUUAGGGCCUGAUGGUAAACCUCUUUCAAAGAAGGCAUUGAAAAAACUUCAAAAGGAAAAGGAAAAAGAAUUGAAGAAGAAACAAAGAGCCGAACAAUUAGCUAAGGAAAAAGCCGUAGCUGAGGCCUCUGCAGCAGCAAACGAUUUCGCUAAGGAAAACUAUGGCAAAUUACCUUUAAUUCAAUCAGCCACCAAAACUGGUAUUAAAAGAGUUCAAUUUGCUACUUUAAACUCAUCUUUAAAUAACCAAGAAGUUGUAUUUAGAGCAAGAGUUCAUAACAAAAGAUCACAAUCCGCUUCCUUAGCAUUUUUAACAUUCCGUCAAAGAUAUGAUACUAUUCAAGCCGUUUUAAGAGCCAACAAUGAACAAGUUAGCAAGCAAAUGGUCAAAUUUGGAGCUUCAAUUAAUUUGGAAUCGAUUGUUGUGGUUCAUGGUGUUGUUAAAACUGUCAAUGAAUUGGUCAAAUCUUGUACCAUUCAAGAUGUUGAAAUCCAAAUCAACAAAAUAUUUAUCAUCAGCGAAACUCCCGAACAAUUGCCAAUGCUAAUUGAAGAUGCUUCAAGAAGCGAACAACAAUCUGAGGAAUCCGGGUUGCCAGUUGUCAAUUUGGAUACCAGAUUGGACUACAGAGUUAUUGAUUUAAGAACAAUUACAAACCAAGCUAUAUUCAGAAUCCUGCAUGGUGUUUGUGCACUAUUUAGGCAAUUUUUAAGUGACAAUGGAUUCACCGAAAUCCAUUCGCCAAAGUUAUUAGGUGCUCCAUCUGAAGGUGGUGCCAAUGUAUUUGAAGUCACUUAUUUCAAUAGAAAGGCAUAUUUAGCACAAUCUCCUCAAUUAUACAAACAACAAUGUAUUGCAGGUGAUUUUGAAAGAGUGUUUGAAGUUGCUCCAGUUUUCAGAGCCGAGAAUUCAAAUACCCAUAGACAUAUGACCGAAUUUAUGGGUUUAGAUUUAGAAAUGGCAUUUGAAGAACAUUACGAUGAAGUUGUUGAUUUAUUAUCAGAUUUGUUCAUCUAUAUCUUCAACCAAUUGAAUCUUUCAUAUAAAAAGGAAAUUGAAAUUGUCAGAAAACAGUUUCCAUGCGAUGAAUUCAAGAUUCCUAAAAAAAUGGUUAGAAUUCCAUUCAAAGAAGGUAUUCAAUUAUUAAGAGAUGUUGGUGGUAAAACGGAAUUAGGAUCUUACGACGAUUUGUCUACUGAAAACGAAAAGUUAUUGGGUAAGAUUGUCCAUGAUAAAUACGACACCGAUUUCUAUAUUUUGGACAAGUUUCCAAGUGCUAUUAGACCAUUUUAUACAAUGCCUGAUCCAGUUGACAGCAACUAUUCCAACUCUUACGAUUUCUUCAUGAGAGGAGAAGAGAUCUUGUCUGGUGCCCAAAGAAUCCACGACUCAGAUUUGCUAGCUAAAAAAAUGAGAGAAUUGGGCGUUGAUCCAGACUCCCCAGGUGUUGACGACUAUGUUAACUGUUUUAGAUACGGUUGUCCUCCUCAUGCCGGUGGCGGUAUUGGUUUGGAGAGAGUUGUGAUGUUUUUCCUUGGAUUGAAAAACAUCAGAAGAGCCUCGUUGUUUCCCAGAGACCCCAAGCGUUUGCACCCAUAA